GGACUGCAGUGAGUGACUCUGCGCUGAAGGCGAGCAGAGUGCGCCUGAGGCGGAGUCCUGGGUCUGGGCCCGACCUUUCCCGUCCACUUUGGACCAGAAGUGAAAAGCGAAGUGAGGAGAUCCGGGCUGCAGAGGACGGAAGAGAACCUUGCAGAAUUUGGAAUGUACGGGGCGAGGUGGCUGAGGACUUGACUCACCUCCGGCCUCUGUCCCCCAUCACCAUCCAGUGGGCUCCUGUUUCCUGCUCUCAGAUCCAAUUCUGUUUGCUCCCUCUGCUUGCAGCUCCGGGGACAGAUACUGAAGCUGGCUAUCUUUUAACUGGGUUGCUAGCCUGAGUCUGAUUCUUGAGCACGGGCAACCGAGCCGAACGACAGCCUAGUGCCAUGACGGAAGGACAGGCGGUCCCUGGAGUCGGGGACUGGGAGAUCGACGUGGAGAGCCUAGAGCUGGAGGAGAAUGGCUGUGGGACGCCGCUGCGGGCCACGCCGCAGGAACCCAGUCCGUCGGCGGCCGAUGGGGAGGAAGACGAGGACGAAGAAGAGGAGGAUGAAGAUGCGGAGGACGAGGGUGACGGCGAGGAGCCCGGCGCGUCCCCGGAGGUGCCCGGCCGCCCAGAGCAGCCCGGGGGACUGGAACCCAGGCCACCGCCCGCUGCUCAGGCGCUGCCAGCCGCCGCCGCCGCCGCCGCCCCCGAGCGCGGUGCUACCGCCGGUAGCGGCGCAGAGCCGCGCAAACUGAGCCGCACGCCCAAGUGCGCACGCUGUCGCAACCAUGGCGUGGUGUCCUGUCUCAAGGGCCACAAGCGAUUCUGUCGCUGGCGGGACUGCCAGUGCGCCAACUGCCUGCUUGUGGUAGAGCGCCAGCGCGUCAUGGCCGCCCAGGUGGCGCUCCGGAGGCAGCAGGCCACAGAGGACAAGAAGGGGCUUUCUGGGAAACAGAAUAAUUUUGAUCGGAAAGCAGUGUACCAGAGGCAAGUCAGGGCGCCGAGUUUGCUGGCCAAAAGCAUUUUAGAAGGCUAUCGCCCAAUGACGGCAGAGACUUACCUAGGUGGGACCCUUCCUCCACCCCCGCCUGUCAGUGACAGGAUGAGGAAGAGAAGAGCCUUUGCUGACAAGGAGUUGGAGAAUAUUAUGCUGGAGAGAGAAUAUAAAGAGAGGGAGAUGUUAGAAACACCUCAAGCUGCUGCCUUGUUCCUGCCCAACCGUAUGGUGCCUGGACCUGAGUACAGUUCCUACAAAGGUGCCUACAGCCCCACGGCAGGAGAGCUGCCAAGCAAGGACUUCUGUAAUUUUUUACCUACCUGUCUUGACCUCACCAUGCAGUAUUCAGGGUCUGGGAAUAUGGAACUGAUUUCUUCUAACGUCAGUGUGGCCACAACUUACAGACAAUAUCCCCUGUCCUCACGAUUUUUAGUUUGGCCCAAGUGCGGUCCCAUUAGUGACACCCUUCUCUACCAGCAAUACCUGUUGAAUGCUACCACUUCUGUCCAAGCCCUGAAGCCUGGGACCAGCUGGGACUUGAAAGGAACCCGAGUUCAGGAUGGGCUUAGUGCACAGCAUGACAUAAUGCCACCCAAACUGGAAGGCUCUCUGGUGCUGCCUCACCUGCCAGAGGUCCCAACCUCAAGAACUGACCUUCAGGCUCACCAAGUUGUCCCGGAGAGGUCUGCUUUCUCCCCACCCAGUAGGAAUUUCUCUCCCAUUGUUGAGAUGGACUGCCGGGCAGCUCAAGGGCACAUCUUAACCAAGAUCAGCAAAGAAAACACUAGGCAUCCUCUGCCACUUAAACAUAAUCCAUUCCACUCAGUAUUCCAGCAGACGCUCAACGACAAAUCAGGCCCUGAGUUGAAAGCACCAUUUGUCAAAGAAGCCUUUGAAGAGACCCCAAAGAAACACAGAGAGUGUUUGGUCAAGGAGAACCAGAAGUACUCAUUUACAAUAGACAGAUGCGCAAAAGACCUCUUCGUAGCCAAACAAGUUGGAACGAAACUCUCGGCGAAUGAGCCGCUGUCGUUUUCUGUCGAAUCUAUUCUUAAGAGGCCUUCAUCUGCUGUCACUCACGUCUCUCAGUGAAAGGCUGCUUACAAGGGAGGCUGGAUUUUCUCCAGUCUCAGAGGGUUCUUGGCAGAUGCCUUUUUUUUUUUUUAUUUUAAAGUUACGAUGUGUGUAUAAAGAAAUAGCUAAUGUUAAGUGACCGAUUCUUAAGAUCUUACCUAAUUCCUCUGCAUGUAUCUUUUCUUAUCACAUGAGUAUAUUUAAAGAUGGAAACUACUUACUGUGCAAAUUGUAAGGGUCUAUGCUUUACACAGCAUUCCAAUAAAAAUAACACCGUCUUCUAGAGACCCAGUGUUUGUUAAAGCAAA